CAUGAAAAAACAAUUAAACUUAAACGAGCUUAUGACGAAGCUUAUUUUAAAAAUCAUACUGAUGGUAGUGGUUGCAAGCUUCAAAAUGGAGUUGUUUCAAUUUUAAACUUUUUUUCACCAACUUUAAAAGAGAAUCAGCCUAUUACAAAACGAUAUACUUGUACUAAAUUAGAUAGUCCAAUUUACAAAGCUUAUAUUAACCAAGUAUUCGCUCAUACUACUUAUAGUGGUGCACCCAGAAGAGAGGUUAUUGCUCGAGAACUUUUUUCAAAAAAAUUUUCUCUAGACAAAGCUCAAUAUACUAUUAAUUCUUCUCGCUUGUGCGAUUAUUGUAAAGAAGUUCAAAAUAAUCAAGUUUUCAAAAAUGCUGUAACGAAACAAGAUAUACAAAAUUCUAAAAAAAAAUUUAUGCCAAAAAUUCAACUUCGAAGCAAUCCAAUUGCUAAAUAUAUCUACAAUCAAGAUAUUGCACGAGUUAAAAGACUUGUAGAUACAAUUGAGUAUGCAGGACCAAUUAUUGCAAUGUUGGACAAUACUAAGAUCAAGGAAAGACUUGACAUAAUUAAAUCUUGUAAUGCUAUUGCUUCUCAAGUUCAUGUUUACUUAUUGCAG